AUGAAUGGGAUUCAGCUGGGUUCUUCAGUGUUUGAUAAACAGCCCAGGCAAAGUCUGUCCCCUGAACACAUUUUGCCAAGUUACACUUAUGCCUUUCUGGAUAGUGACACCUCCUAUGAAUGUUGUUCCAUAAACCCCUUGACAGGCUCUGUUUUCACAUGUCGCCGUAGUCCUCGGCUUCUUACUAAUGGCUAUUACAUUUUGACGGAAGACAGUUUUCUGUCUGAUGAAGAUGGUAACGUAACACUGACCCCAUCACAGACAAGUGUUACCUAUAAGGAGAAAUUAGUUAGAAUAUUCAGGAGAAGGAAGAAAAUCCGUCGCUCUCUUGCUAGUCUGUUCAGUCUCAGUGCUUCGGAUUCAUGGCUCAACAGCACUGUCCUUAGCAAUAUGGAUUGUCCUCAUGUAGAGGAGAUUUGGAAUGAUGGAGAUAAUAAACUAGAUGCCAAUCAGCACUAUGGCAAUGAUGACUGUGAAUUUUCUUCUGAAUGCCAAACCUGGAUGUCACAAAGGCAAACGCCAGCAGCUGAUGAAUCUUCUUUUUCUAAAGAUGUGGUGUUCAUUCAGUCAAGAAAACAGUUCAGUGAUUCCUCUCCGUGCUCCCAGUUUAUGGUAGAUGGGUAUUUCCAUGAAGAGACUUUGGAUUAUUCAAAAUCCAAUGCAGUGAGAAAUGUCGUUUAUCAAAUGAUUAUACUGUCCAUGUGUUUACUCAUUUCAGUGUGUGCAAGAUGCUUUCUGGGAGGACGCUUUGCCACUUUGUUGGCUUUUUUGCUGCUGAUAAUUUUAGUUUAUGCUGCCAAGUCAUCUUUCAUCAGUCUUGUCACAUCUUCCAAAACCACCAAAUUACGGAAAUAAUUGAAAGACUGAAUUGGUAAGUAGAACGCUAUAAAGGAUUGUAGGGUAAGGAAAAAAAAAUACUCCGGAGAAGAGUGAACCAUUCAUUCAGAUAACGAAGCCUGCAGACUCACCAGCUCAGC